UCGAAAUCACAAUAUAAAUAAAAAUACUAUGAUGGAUAAUUGUGUGGUUUGUUUGUCAACAAAUGACGAUACAUAUUCUCGUAUUUAUUUUCAAGCAAUUAAGUGGCAAGAAUAUCGAAUUCAUUGUAUUAUAAAAAAACACUUGAGGUGGUGGUAUAUGAAACAAACAUCAGCCCAUGGCUCACCAUGGAUUUGUCGUCAAUGCUGGCAGGAGCUGUCCAACUUUCAUGCAUUUUAUCUAAAGGUAAAAAAUGUACACAAACAAUAUGAUUUGCUAAAGUGGCCGCAGCUGAAAAGUUCUAUUAAGGAUAAUGAUGAAUAUGUGUCUAAGACAAUAUUUUUAUAUCCUGUAAAAGAAGAAUUUAAGCUCAUUGAUAGCACACUAGAAACAACACUAGAGGAAGAUUUGGUGCCUUUGGAUAAAUUUAAAACAAAUAUUCAAAAUAACAAUUCAGUAGUAAUUAAUGAAAAUAUUGAAAUAAAUGAACUACCGGUCAUAGAAUCUGUUAAAGAUGAAGAUUUACCCGAAUAUAGUGAUGACGAUGGACAAAGCAAUAGUGUGGAUAAUGAUUCGUGGGAGAAUAAUUUGGAUGGCAAUGUCUGUAAUAAUGAGAUAACUACAGCGAAGAGAAAAAAAGAAACAUCUAACAAACUUGUUCUUAAAACUGGUAAAUCUCAAAGGAUUUCACACAAAAUCCCUAAAAAGCAAAUAUCUCCAAAUAAGAAUAUCGAUUCGAGGGCAAAAUUAGAAAUAACACGAAAGAAUGAUGAAUACUUAGCACAAAGCGAAUAUAAACUUUUUUGUCAUAUUUGCAAUAUACCACUUCAAGAUUUUCUAAAACUAAAAACCCACUAUCGCCUUGAACACCAAACUCUCGGCUAUGCAAUGUGUUGUAAUAAGAAAUUUUACAAUCGCGGACCACUGGCCGAUCAUUUGCGAGUUCAUGAAAAUCCAAAUUUCUUUAAAUGUACAAUUUGUCAACGUAUUUUGGCUCAUCGCUUGAGCUACGAAAAUCAUCUUGAAUUUCAUAAACAGGAGAACAAGACGCGUGAAAGAAUCUUUCGGUGUGAGAAAUGCGAUAAGUCAUUCUUUAAAAAAGCAGUCUACGAUCGACACAUACUGUCACACGUUCCCGAAAAGGAUCGAAAAUUUCAAUGCGAUGAAUGUGAUAAGAAAUUUGCAGCCGAAUAUUUGGUUAACCAGCACAAAGCUUUCGCUCAUCUAAAUAAGUACGGAAAAAUAUGCGAUAUUUGUGGUAAAACAUUUCGUGAACGUUUCUCUUUCACACGCCAUAUGGCUGAACAUAAUGGUAAACCGCCGGAGAAAGUUCCAUGUGAUAUUUGCGGAGUCGAAUUAACCAGUAAAUAUCUAUUGAAUCGUCAUAAGAAAAAAAUGCAUACAGAAGAAAAUCAACAAGAGCAAAAAUGUCCCUACUGUUCUAAGGUAUCACCCAAUAUGCAUGCCCAUCGUCAACACGUAAACUAUGCACAUACAAUGAAACGUAAACAUGCUUGCAACAUGUGCGAGAAGAAAUUUAAACGGCCAUUGGAAUUGAAAGAACACUUAAGUACCCAUACCGGUGAGCCAUUGUAUACUUGUCCCCAUUGUACGCGAACAUUUAUAUCAAGUGCAAAUAUGCAUAAACAUCGUAAAGCAUCCCAUCCUAAGGAAUGGCAAGAGUCAAGAUUAAAAAAAUUAAAUGAUCAAAAAUUAAGAGAACUAACAAUUAAAGAACAUUUAAAUCGCUGUGCCACCACAAAUGAUGACGUUGCAACCAUUUUAGAAUGUUCUCAAGAAAAUGGUAUGAAACAAACCCAACAAAUGGACAAUUGCAUAAUUUGUUUAGAAACUAAUGAGGAUGAAACGUUUUCCCGUAUAACUUCUAUGUCCAGCGAAUGGAUUGAAGGAAAUAUACAACGAAUAAUUGAAAAACAUUUGUGGUGGUGGUAUUUAAAACCUUCAUUUGUGAAAAAGGAUUUUCUCCCGUGGAUUUGUCGUCAAUGUUGGCAGGAAAUAUCAAACUUUCAUAGAUUUUUUUGUAAAGUCGAAAAAGCGCACAGAGAUUAUCAAACUAUUUUAAUAUCUCUGGAGCAAGCAAGUUCCGGAAAGGAAACUAGCAAUGUCAACGUUAAACAGGAAUCAGAGAAUGAGGUGGAAUAUUCUGCCAAAGUUCGCGAAAAAUUUAAAACUCGCAAAAAAUUUAAAACCAUUGAAAAUGAUGAUAUGAAUCUGUUAGAGGUUAAAAGUGAAUUUUACUUUAAUCCAGAUAAAAAUGAUGGCCAGUUAGAGGAAGACGUUUUAUGCUUUGACGCAUUAGAUGUACAAACUUUUGAAGAUUGCAAAGAAGUUUCGGAUGAGUUAGAAAGUGAUGAAGACAAUAAGCGGCAUACAAAAAAAUCUAGAAAAGUAAACCAACGAGAAAAGACUAAACGAAAUACCCAAAAGAAAUUAAAACAAAAUAAGGCCAAGGAAGAGCUGAAUGGUAACUCCAUAAGUGAAAACGUUAAAUCUGAUAUUUUCACUGAUAAUGAACAUAAAUUGGAAUGUUGUAUUUGUAAUGCAACUCUUGAAGAUUUCCGAGCAGUUAAACAGCAUUAUCGUAAUGAACACAAUACUAAGGGUUAUACCAUGUGUUGUGGUAAAAAGUACUUUAAACGUUGCUUACUCAUCGAUCACUUAAGAGUACAUAAAGAUCCAAAUUAUUUUAAAUGCACAGAAUGUGCAAAAGUGUUUGCCACUCGCCGAGGCUUGGAAAUGCAUUUGGAAAUACAUCAAACCCGCGAACGCAAAUUUAACUGUGAUGAAUGUGGCAAAUCGUAUUUUAAGCUACACGUCUUUGAACGUCAUAAAUUAAGCCAUGUGCCAGAAAGUGAAAGACACUAUAAUUGCUCGCAAUGUGAUAAGAAAUUCGCUUCCGAUUAUUUACGCCGUCAACAUGAAGAUUUAACACAUGAAAAGAAAUAUGACAAAAUUUGCGAUAUAUGUGGCAAGUCAUUUCGCCACCGUUUUUCUUUUGCACGUCACAUGGAAGAACACGAUGGAACGACGCCCACCUUGGUAUCCUGUGAAAUAUGUGGUGCUAAACUAACCAAUAAAUACGGUCUAAGACGACACAUGAAAAUGCGACAUUUAGAAGAAAAUAUGCAGGAACAGAUAUGUCCCUAUUGCUCUAGGGUUUCGCCAAAUCUCAAUGCUCAUCGUAUGCACAUAAAGUACAAUCACACCAUGCAGCGUAAACAUGCUUGCCAUUUGUGUGAAAAGGCUUUUAGACGCCCUCUGGAGCUGAAGGAACACUUAAGUACUCAUACCGGUGAAGCAUUGUAUACAUGUCCACAUUGUCCUCGUACCUUUAUAUCAAAUGCUAAUAUGCAUAAACAUCGAAAAAUAGCUCAUCGUCAGGAAUGGGAAGAGGCACGUUUGAGAAAGUUAAAUGAAAAGGGUAUGAAGUGCGUGAACGUCUCCGAAACUCUGCCCAGUGUUGUGGACGAAAUCCAGAAAUGUCCAGAAAAUCUAGUGUAUAUAGUGUAGAUAGAGGUGUAUUAAUUUUUUUGGUAAUUACAUAUUAAGAAAAAUACAUUUUUGAGUUAUCUACAAUUAAGUAAUUUUUGAAUGUGAUAGACUAAGCUGUAGACUAUAUUAUUAUAUAAUUAUUAAAAUUUCUAACGAAUUACCGAAAUAGUUCUUUAUGCUCUUCUAAAUUUUUUUUUUAAUAUUUUGGUAAGAGUCCAUC